CUCGUACCGUCCAUGCACCGUAAUUAGCUUCGUGCGAUUUCACAUUCGUUCUUAAUCUCUCGUUCUUCUGAUAUAAACGCGGAAAUAAGAACGUUUAUUAUCUAACAUUCAUUAUUAUCAUCUUGUAUUGUAUGUGUUGGAAAUCUCAAGACAAUGAACUGAAAAUGUGCAUCAUGUUACCAUUUUCCAUUAUUUAUUAAUCGGCACGUUUCCGAUAUGAAAAUAUAUGUCUGCACAUUUCUUUCUUUGGUAAACUCUUUCAAGGUAUUAUCAUUUUGCGAGAAUUAAAAAAAAACAGAAACGUUUUAUUAAAUCAGUGUUCUGGCAGACACAUCGUUGAGAGACGACGAGCCGCUCUGCAUCAUGACUUCAUUUACGAAGAUUAUAUUUCGACUUUUACCGCUCGGAAUUGUACUGUUAAUUGCGGCAGUAUAUCAUUCCUUGAGCGAUUAUAAAUAUAUUGAAGUAGAAGAAAGCAUUAUUAAUCUGCAAGUAUCCCGGCAUCGACGAGCGAUUAAUCCCAAAACUGUACUUCGUUGCAAGUUCAAUCAGUAUUAUGACCAGGAAGAAAGACGUUGUCUAGGCGUGCCCGGAGGUGGUAAAGUGCUUCAUGUUGAGAACGGACAAUCCUGCGGCGUCAACAUUUUGAAACCGCAUUGCACCAGCUCUUUGUAUUAUCACAUCUGCAAACGUGACAAGUCGAUUCUAGCGCAAUGCGCAAAUAGACAGAUUUUCGAUAGUCGUCUACAACGAUGUGCCUACUACGAUUCAAGCAAAAUGACUCCCAGCACUAUUCAACCGAACAAUCGCGAGUAUUACGAACACGUUAAUGUAUCAUUUUCGGUGCCAAACUGUACGGCACUCGGCCAGUUUCCCGUACCCGAUCAUUGUUAUAUGUUUUAUACAUGUGAUACGAAUGGACAUACACUCCACCAGAGUAUCUUUAAAUGUCCGCGAAACACGGGGUAUCAACCAAACAGAAGAGUCUGCACUGUCAUGUCAGAUUGUGAGAACAAUGACUCGGUAGACUCCGUUUGUGUUCAAGAUGCGCCUGGUGAGAAUGUGGAAUCACUAAAUUCUAAAGAAACUACAGAAGAAAAUGUCGAAGAAACUACUGAAAUAUCCGAAGAAAGCGAAACCAGGAAUGUAAACGAUUCUGCUUCGAAAAGGGAGGAAAGCAUAAACUCCAAGACCUAUGAUGAUAUUAUCUCCACUACUCCUGAAAGUGUAACAAGUAAUACACUAUCAGUGAACAAUUAUGGAGAUAAUAACGGCGAUUUAUACGAAGCAAGUUCAUUGCCCACGCAACCAAUCCAAGACAUUUCAGUAUCUGAUGGUUCUGGUGAAACAUCAAUGCUCAAACAAGCAUUGAAUCCGACCGAAAGCGCGCGAGAAGUACAGAAUGAGAAAUACGACUUGGUAUCGCCAUUAAACUUACAAAUUACAUUACCACCAACGGUAGAACUCGAUGAUAACGCACAUUCCAUAAUGACACUGAUGACCUCGACACCGAUGUAUGAUACAGAUAUAAAUUCCAACAUUGAUAGUGAGACAGCUGAUACUACUCCCUUUUCUACAAUCAGCUACACGUCAUCGAAAUUAGAUGAAAGAACGCAGCAUAUAACAACGGAACAGUAUAACAACGACGAAACAGUAACAUUACCGAAUUCAAACACUGAAACUCUUGAUCCAUAUUCCCCAUCAACAAUAAGUAAUAUCUCAGAAUUCUCUUUAAUCAACGAUAAGUCAUUGAAUGUGGACGAAGAAAAGCGGGAUGUGACUGGAGCAAUCGAUUCAUAUCAAACAUCAACAAUAAGUAAUGUACCAGAAUCUUCUUCGAUCGUCGAUACGCCAUCAAAAUUAGGUGAAGAAACGCAGGACACAACUAUGGAAGAGUAUAGAAAUAAUGAUGAUGGAGCAAUGACACUACCGAAUUCAAACACUGAAGCAAUUGAUCCAUAUUCGACAUCCACAAUAAAUAAUGUACCAGAAUUCUCUCCAAUUAGUGAAACGUCAUCUAAAUUAUAUGAAGAAACGCAAAGUACGGUCACAGAACAAUACGGAAAUGACGACAGAAUAACGACACCAGCAAAUUUUAACAGUGAAAUGGUUGAUCAGAAUCCGACACCAAUAUUAAGCGAUAUAUCUGUAACCACAGAUAGUCCAAGAAAUGAUUUUGAUACUUCUACAUCGGCAUCUGCAAUUUUAUCACCACAAGCAGACAUCAAUGAUGAUCAGUUUUCCAAAGAAUUAUUUAAAACUUCUCCUUCGGUUGAUAGUAAAUUCGUUGACCCCGACUUAGAUGUGCCGGAAGCAAUCGAAAAUGUUUCUACUGGAUAUUCAUUCGAACAUACUGACACUUUAGAUUUAACAUUGACGACAAAGUCCACUUUAACUCUGGAACACAUAACUGCAUCAAUGGACAUUACGACUAUAACACCCACAAUACAAAAUCUACCUGCUAUUUCAGACACAGAUCUGAUAACACAGAAUGGUAAGGAUAGCACAGAAGCAUUGCCCUUUAUUGAGCAAGAUGCUGCGCUUACAAAUAAUUAAUAUCAUAAAUGCAUUCAUAAAAUAUAUAUAAUAUGUUUUUGUUAGAAUAUACAUAUAGGGAUAUCAUUGAUAAAAGAUAUGUGUAAUCAUAAGAAUAUUACACUAAAAAUAUAUCUAAAGAGAAUAAUAAUUUAUUAUAAUCACAAUCAAUAAUUUAUUUCCCGUUUUUGAGGUAGUUAUGAGCAAUUAAUAUAAUACAUAAAAUCCUUUUCUAUAUAUUGUAUAUAUACACACACACACACACACACGCAUUAUGAUACAAAAAAAAAAUUAUUCUACAAAACAGAAUAAAUAAUAACCUA